CUCCCACUGAGUUCAUCCUCGCCCUUCGUACCUCGACACUCAUCAUUGCCUAGAUCCUGAUUAUUGUUAGAUUGCCUUUACUUCCUCAGCAUUCUUUACCUGACCUGCUUUGUCUCAAUAGCCGCAUUCGAACCUUCUCCGCAUCAGCCUUCCUCAUCCCGCAGCAUGAAAUAACCAACCCUCUCCUACACACUCGAGCUUGUUCACGAUCCCAACGAUGCCUCCCAAGACGCAUCAGGGUACCCGCCAGGUCUACCUCCUUCCCUUGACCGACUCCGGUGCCCCAGAUGUUCCCAACGAAUACAUCUACUUACCAGCCCCCACCGAACCCUUCUACUAUCUUCGAUUUGCUAUCGAAGGUGCCAGCUCAAUAUGCAGACAAGGCAGCCUCUGGGUCAACAUACCCGAGCCUGGCCUCACUUUCGACCGCAACAGGUUUCGCGAGUUCAAGCUUCACCCAGACUUCAAUCGAACCUUGGAGAUCGAUAUUCCCAUUGCCACUUCCGGUGCAUUCUCCUUCUACACAACCUACACUCCGUUGCCAGACUUCGCGACCACCGAUGUCGAAACCCCGACCCCGACCCGCACACCGACCUACUACAUUGACAUUGAGCCCAAACUGACCCUGUCCGGCUCAAGCCUUCCUCUCGAUGCUCUGGGUAUCUUCUCGGUCGUGUCAAAGUUCAUGGGCAAGUACCCUGAGCAGUGGGACAAACACCUCCGAGGUAUCGGUGCAAGAGGCUACAACAUGAUUCAUUUUACUCCUCUGCAGCCUCGCGGAGAGUCAAAUUCUCCUUACAGCCUCUACGAUCAACUCUCCUUUGACAAAGAACUCUUUCCAGAAGGUGAAGUUGGCGUGGCCAAGUUGAUCAAGUCCAUGGAAGAAGAAUAUGACCUCCUUGGCCUGACCGAUGUUGUUUUCAACCACACCGCCAAUAACAGCAAAUGGUUGGAAGAGCACCCAGAGGCUGGCUACAACGUGGUGACAGCUCCAUGGCUCGAAUCCGCCCUUGUCCUGGACGACGCUCUCCUCGAGUAUGGUAAAAAUCUCGAGUCCCUAGGCCUUCCCACUACCUUCAAUAGCGGCAGUGAUCUUGACAGAGUCAUUGCUGGCAUUAAAGAGCACGUCAUUGACAAAAUUCGUCUCUGGGAAUUCUUCGUUGUCGACGUUGUCGCUGAUACUAAGGCUGUGGUCGACUCUUGGACCAAAGGCGAAACAAAAUUGCCUCCGGGAGGCUUCGCGGAUGCUCUAGGUGGCGGUCUUGAUCGUGUCAAACAAUGGUCUCUCUACGAGAAAGCGACUUUCCUCAAAGACAAGGGUUUGCUCAACGGCCCCCGCAUUGAUGGACGCUACUCCAGAAAAGUAGACCCGGCUAUCGGCUCUGCCCUCUUGACAGCUAUCUAUGGACGUUCUACAGAUGGUCUUGAUCCCUCCACCAUCGAGGAAGCUAUCAAGGACAUUUUGAACGAGCUCAAUUUGCCCUUCUAUCGCGAAUUCGACGAGGAUUCUCAAGUCAUUCUCAGCCAGGUCAAGGGCAGAUUGCAGUACACCAGAAUCGAUGCGAAUGGCCCUAAGCUGGGACCUAUCACUGAAGACAGCCCGCUCAUUGAAACUUACUUUGCCCGUUUGCCCAAGAAUGAGACCACACAAACUCAUGACCCGAGAUCUCUGGCUUUAGCUGUCAAUGGCUGGAUCUGGGCAGCUGAUGCUAUGAAAGACAACGCCGGGCCCGACUGGCGUCCGUACCUACGACGAGAAUUGAUUCCCUGGAGUGACUGCGUCAAGCUGAGAUACGGCAAAGGACCCCAGGAUAAUCCGUUCUUAUGGGAACACAUGACCAAAUAUGUCCAAUUGAUGGCCAAAUACUUUACCGCAUUCCGAAUUGACAAUUGCCAUUCCACUCCUAUCCAUGUCGCCGAAUAUUUACUUGACGAGGCUCGAAAGAUCCAACCAAAUCUGGCGGUAUUUGCUGAGCUCUUCACCGGCAACGAAGCAACUGAUUUCAUCUUUGUGAAGCGCCUUGGGCUGAGUGCCCUGAUCCGUGAAGCCAUGCAGGCAUGGAGUACGCAGGAAUUGAGCAGAGUCGUCCACCGACAGUCCGGUCGUCCGAUCGGCAGUUUCGACAUCAAUGUGUCUAAGCCGUCCAGUGACCGCCGACCCAAUGCUUUGACAAAUGGCAGUGGGCCCCAAACCAAAGAGGUCGUCAAACAUAUCCGGGAAUCUCCGGUUCAUGCCUUGUUCAUGGAUUGCACCCAUGAUAAUGAAAUGCCCGCCCAGAAGAGAGAUGCAAGGGACACUUUGCCAACUGCAGCACUGGUCAACAUGUGCGCUUGUGCCACUGGGAGUGUCAUGGGAUUCGAUGAGAUUUAUCCGAAGCUUGUCGAAAUCGUACAUGAAGACCGACUCUACACAUCACCUAGCUCGGAGGGCGAAGUCCACUCUGGCGCGGGCGAAGGUGGCAUCGCCGGAAUAAAGAAACUCUUGAACCAAAUUCAUACCAUGAUGGGCAAAGAUGGCUAUGAUGAGACAUUUUUACAUCAUGAAGACGAACUCAUUACGCUUCACCGGGUCCACCCAGACUCGCGAAAAGGAUACUUCUUGAUCGCUCAUACCGCAUUCCCAGGCAGCGGCAACGGAAACGGAGGUCUGAGUCCAGUGCAUCUCGCUGGUACCAAAGCCAAAGCAGUCGGUUCUUGGGUUCUAGAAGUGGACCAGAGUGCUGCUGCCAAAAAAGAAGCAAUUGAGGACAAGGAAUAUCUCGUCGGCCUGCCCUCGAGGGUACGAUCCAUCAAAGGCGCAACCAUUGAGUAUGACGGCGGUGACACGACCAUCAAAGUUGCAGACUUCUUCCCUCCAGGCUCUAUCGCCAUCUUCGAGACCUGGGUCCCCACAGCCGAGCAUUCUCUCGGUUUGAACAACUUCCUCUACAGCGGCACUGAAGAUGCCUUUGGCGGCCUAGAUCUUAUUGACCUGAACUUUUUGCUGUAUCGAUGUGAUGCUGAAGAACGAGAUUUGAGCGGCGGAAGGGAUGGGGUUUAUGACAUUCCCGGCCACGGACGCCUUGUCUAUGCAGGAUUGCAAGGAUGGUGGUCUGUCAUCGAGCCCAUCGUCCGGAAAAAUGACCUUGGCCACCCCUUAUGCAAUCAUUUGCGUGCAGGCCAUUGGGCGUUGGAUUUCCUAGUUGGCCGGAUUGAGCGGAUAUCAAAGCAAGAGGGAUAUUCACGGCUGAGUGCUCCUGCCCGAUGGUUAAAGGAACGCUUUGAUGCCGUGCGAAGCAUUCCUAGCUUUCUGCUGCCUCGUUAUUUUGCGAUGAUUGUUGAAAUUGCGUACAAUGCCGCGACCAAGCGAGCCAUCGACCUGAUGAGUCCAGAUAUCCGAAACAGCCAGGGGUUUGUCCAGAGCCUAGCUUUGGUCAGUAUCCAACAGACGGGCUACGUCAAAUCUGCCUCGUUAUGGCCCAACAAGACAAUUCCUUCUCUAGCAGCAGGACUACCGCAUUUCUCUGUGGAAUGGGCCCGGUGCUGGGGCCGGGAUGUGUUCAUCUCCUUAAGAGGCCUUUACUUAUGCACAGGUCGACACGAGGAAGCCAAGGAGCAUAUCAAGGGUUUUGGUAGCGUCCUGAAACAUGGUCUGAUACCCAACCUGCUGAGCAGUGGCGCGGCCCCCCGGUACAACUCGAGGGACUCGCCGUGGUUCUUCCUGCAGAAUAUCCAAGAUUACACCAGAAUUGUGCCGGAUGGCAUCUCCAUUCUGAAGGAAAAGGUGCCACGUCGAUUUUUGCCAUAUGACGACACUUGGUUUCCACAUGAUGAUCCGCGAGCGUAUUCUCAGGAAUCCACCGUGGAAGAUAUCAUUCAAGAAAUCCUGCAGCGACAUGCGUCUGGCAUCUCAUUCCGCGAGCACAAUGCAGGGCCCAAUCUUGACAUGCAGAUGAAGCCGGAAGGUUUCCAGAUUGACGUCAAGGUCGACUGGCAGACGGGCAUCAUCUUUGGCGGCAGUCAGUUCAAUUGCGGAACCUGGAUGGACAAGAUGGGCGAAAGCGAACGUGCAGGGAGUAAGGGCGUUCCAGGGACACCUCGAGAUGGAGCUGCUGUGGAAAUCACCGGCCUCUCCUAUAGUGCGCUCAAGUGGGUGUCAGGGCUUUCUGAAAGUGGGCAGUAUCAAUAUUCGCACGUGGAUACGGAUCAAGGACACAAAAUUUCGUUCAAAGAUUGGGCUGAGCGUAUCAAAGCCAACUUUGAGCGUUGCUACUGGGUCCCGGUCGAUCCCAAAGAUGAUGUUGAUGACGAUGUGGACCCCAAAAUCAUCAAUCGACGAGGGAUCUACAAGGAUCUAUACAAGUCCGGCAAAGAGUACGAAGAUUAUCAGCUGCGACCAAACUUCACGAUAGCCAUGACGGUGGCUCCGGAUCUGUUCAGUCCUAACAAGGCGUUGAUUGCACUGAAAGCAGCAGAUGACUUCCUCCGGGGACCGACUGGGAUGGCAACUCUUGACCCUUCAGACCUAAAUUACCGACCUUAUUAUUUCAACUCUGAGGAUUCCACCGACUUUGCAACAUCCAAAGGCCGCAACUACCAUCAAGGGCCAGAAUGGCUGUGGCCCACUGGAUUUUUCUUGCGGGCGUUGCUCAAGUUUGACCUCUUGCGUCGCGACAGUCCGGCAGGCCGGCUCGAGUCGUUCCAGCAAGUGACUCGACGACUGGAGGGAUGCAAGCGAGCUAUUACAGAGAGCCCCUGGAAGGGUUUGACAGAACUGACCAACAAAGAUGGCUCGUUUUGUGGCGACUCGUCACCCACCCAAGCGUGGUCUGCAGGCUGCUUGCUAGACCUUUUCCACGACGCAAAGGUUGUGACGACUGGGAUCAAUGGAUCGUAAUUAUUAGAGAUGCUCACGGAUUAUCUAGAUAGAGAUGAAGGAUGAAGCAGCCCUGACAGCAUAAUAUCGGCAUGAAAUUGCGUUAGAAGAUGGGAUUGAGGGAUGGAAUAUGAAGAGCGACGAUCUAUAUACGAUUGGCCCAGAAAAGAGGUUUGGCAAAUUACAGUAGAUUGGCUGGCCUGGGUAUGAAUGGAUGGCCUUCGCUUCAAAGAGGAAACGAUGCGUCUCGUGCAUCAUGCAGGAACCGAGGAUUGAGGGCUUCUAGAUGAAUGUGCACUUGUAGAUGCUACCAAUGGGAGGCCCCUCAGGCCAGCAAGUCGAGGAAUGGCGAUCCCAGUCUAGAACAAUGG